AUGAGCACUCGCCAGGGCUGGUUCUCGUGGACGCGAGAAUGGCUCCUCACCAAGGGCACCAUCACAUCAAAAACUGCAGUCAGCCGCACCUUCGACCAGGUCUCAGCGCGAAUCCUCAUCACGGGCCUCGACGCAGCUGGCAAGACCACGCUUCUAGAACGGCACUUGUCGCAAGAUCUGGGCAGAGAUAUCGGCAUCUCUAACCCGGCCACCGGGUUCAACGUCGAAGAGCUUCGCUACGGCAAGGUUGAUUAUGAAGCGAUUGAUGUUGGGGGCGAUUGUAAGAAAUUGAUUAAAGACCUGGAGAGAAGCAAGUUCCAUGAGAGCGAUGCGGUUAUUUGGAUCAUCGACUCCAAUGAUACCGAACGAUUCGUAGAGGCGGAGGAGGAGCUGCAGCGGAUGCUUCGUUUGGACGAUGACAGGCACAAGCCUCUCCUGGUUUUGGCGAACAAACAGGAUCUCAAAGACUGUUCAGAGGUGUGA